ACUUAAAAAGAAUUGUGCCAGUGUAACAAAUCCAGAUUCUGUGGAAUUUGUAUACAGGAAUUGAAAUGGAUACCUCUCUUACAGAUGUCAAAUAAAUCCUUAUAAAAUGUCAAAUAAAUGUCAAAUAAAUCCUUAUAAAAAUUCUGCAAAAUCCUCUUGGAUCAUUGUACUUUGUAUUUUCAGGGCUUUUCCUUUCAGGUUUUGACUUUUACAUAUUGGAUUACUAAGUAUCAGUUUGAAGAAUGUUGCAAAAAUAUAAUUUACCCAUUUGGUAUUAUAAUGAAUGAAAUAAUGUAAACCAUUUUAUUAGAACUGUUGGCCAGUAAAUUGGGUGAGAGAUGAAAGAGUGGGCUGUGCCCAUUGUUGCACACUACAUUCACAUUAAUAUAAUUUGCUGUGAACCAUCAGAUUUUGCAUUGAAAAUAGUUCCACUGUUUUUAAAGUGUAUCAGUGCAUAUUUCAGAAGAGGGAAGGCCCCAAUGAAGACAAUGCUUGAAAACUCAUUGUUUUGAUAGCACCUUUUAAAUUAAAGUGUUUUCUAAAACCUUAUCCAAUUAAUUAAAGUUUGAAGCCCUUUAUUGGGUGCUAUCUGACUUCCACAACAGUCUAUAAUUUCCAGACAAUUGACUUGAGUAAAUCUGUCAGAGCGGAAACAUUAGUUGUAAUGGAUUUUAAAAGAUAACAGAUUGAUUUAACUAUACAGCCUUUGUUGAUUUAGAGCUAUAAAAGUUUAUGCCACAGUAAUUACUCUACUGAGGCUUGCAAAAAAAAUUUCAGAAGACGUUAGACUCGAAUAACUAAAGUUGCCAUGAAAUGUAUCUGCAUUGGUCUUGUUUUUAUCCUGGCUUCUCAGUUCGUUGAUGCUACAUUGUCAAAGACAGAUUUGAAAAAAGCUUCCUCAAAAACACUGGAGGAAAAGACUCGUCAUUCGAAUCGAACAGUACAGGAACGUGGUCUAGUAGUUACUGAUCUAACAGCAAAGGAUAUUGUCCUCGAACACAAAAGCUAUUGCGCUACAAAAGGACGUGAACACUCCUUCAAGGGAGAAACUUUGGGCUACAUUACACCUUGGAAUAGCCAUGGCUAUGAUAUUGCUAAAACAUUUGGAAACAAAUUUACAACAAUUUCGCCAGUCUGGCUGCAGGUGAAGAGAAGAGGAAAGGAGAAGUUCCAGGUCACAGGGCUCCAUGAUGUUGACCAAGGUUGGAUGAAAGAAGUUAAGAGAAAUGCCAAGAACAUCAAAAUAGCCCCACGGAUUUUAUUUGAAGACUGGUCUUAUCACGAUUUUGAAACCGUAUUUGGCAGUGAGGAUGAGAUAGAAGAGCUUUCUAAUACUAUGAUUCAAAUAGCCAAGAGUGAAAACUUCGAUGGUUUUGUCCUUGAAAUAUGGAAUCAGCUAGGAAAUCAAAAACAAAUGGAUCUGAUUCACUUGCUCACUCACUUCUCUGAAGCUUUCCAUGAGGCACAACUUAAACUAAUGCUUGUCAUUCCUCCUGGUGUUAUGCCAGGAACUAACGAGUUGGGAAUGUUUACCAAGAAAGAAUUUGAUCAGCUGGCCCCAGUGGUGGACAGUUUCAGCCUCAUGACAUAUGAUUAUUCAUCCCAAUUGGGGUCUGGCCCCAAUGCCCCACUGCCUUGGGUGCAAGCUUGUAUUGAGAUGCUGGAUCCAGAAUCCAAAUGGAGAAAAAAAAUUCUUCUGGGGCUGAAUUUUUAUGGCAUGGAUUAUUCAAGUAAUAUAAGAGACCCCAUAGUUGGCAACAGAUAUAUUGAAAUAUUAAAAGAGCACAAGCCUAAAUUAGUCUGGACUGAAAAAAUUGCUGAACACUACUUGGAAUAUAAAAAAAGUAAAGGAAACAAGCAUAUAGUCUUCUACCCAACUUUGAAGUCCAUUCAACUGCGGUUAGAACUUGCAAAGCAACUGGGCACAGGAAUCGCUAUCUGGGAAUUGGGCCAAGGCUUGGAUUAUUUUUAUGAUUUGCUUUAAAAAAGUGUUCUUUUCUUCACUGACCAUUCAUCUUCAGUCAAAUGAAGGGGGUCGAUGUGGGGAGGACAUUUAUUUUGGGGCGGUGGCUAUGUAAUUUAUAUGAAACCUGCUUCAGACUUUCCAAUAAAGAAUAUCUUUUGA